GAAGAUCUACGUAAUGGGCAUACUGCACGGCUGUUCCAAGUAUUUAAUCACAUGGGCUCAGGAACAUUUGAGUAAACUGUGCCUAGCAAAGGAGCCAACAGCUUCUCCUUAAAAUAAAAUAGCUACUGAAGAUCACAGCACUGCAAGAAAGCUUGUUGUUCUAAGAAGAUAAAGCUUUAUUUGCCAGCAAAAAUGUCUGACAGAAGCCCCUUCGAAACAGAUAUGCUCACCCUCACCCGAUAUGUUAUGGAAAAAGGACGACGAGUUAAAGGGGCUACCGGGGAGCUGACGCAGCUGAUCAACUCCAUGCUGACUGCCAUAAAGGCCAUUUCCUCAGCAGUCAGAAAGGCAGGCCUCGCCCACAUGUUUGGGAUAGCGGGAAGCGUGAACGUGACUGGUGAUGAAGUGAAAAAGCUGGAUGUGUUGUCCAAUUCUUUGGUUAUUAACAUGCUACAAUCCUCCUAUGCCACCUGUGUCUUGGUCACUGAAGAGGAUAAAGAUGCUAUUAUCACUCCGAAAGAGAAGAGGGGUAAAUAUGUGGUGUGCUUUGAUCCACUAGAUGGCUCUUCCAACAUAGACUGCUUGGCACCCAUAGGAACAAUAUUUGCUAUCUACAAGAAGGCAGCAGAAGAUGAGCCCUCUGAAACAGAUGCCUUGCAGCCAGGACGCAAUAUUGUUGCAGCAGGCUAUGCUUUGUAUGGCAGUGCUACACUGGUGGCUCUCUCUACUGGGCAAGGAGUGGACUGCUUCAUGCUAGAUCCAGCUCUUGGUGAAUUCAUUUUAGUGGAUAAAGAUGUGAAAAUCAAGAAGAAAGGGAAGACCUACAGUCUCAAUGAAGGUUAUGCCAAGUAUUUUGAUCCUGCAAUGACAGAAUAUUUACAAAAGAAGAAAUUCCCUGAGGAUGGCAGUUCCCCCUAUGGUGCCAGAUACGUGGGCUCCAUGGUGGCUGAUGUUCAUCGUACACUGAUGUACGGUGGGAUUUUUAUGUAUCCAGCUAACCAGAAGAGUCCUAAAGGAAAGCUCCGACUCCUCUAUGAGUGCAACCCUAUGGCUUUCAUCAUGGAGCAGGCAGGGGGGAUGGCUACCACUGGAACUGAACCAGUGCUGGAUGUGAAGCCUGAGUCCCUUCACCAGCGAGUCCCUCUUAUUCUUGGAUCCCCAGAUGAUGUGCAAGAGUACCUUGCCUGUGUGCAGAAGCACCAGAAGAGCAGCUAAUGCAAUUCAUAAACCAGAUGUUGCUCAUGCACCUGCUUUAAUCCUUCUGCAGGAAAAAGAGAGUAAAUUAGACAACUUGGUUUCCAGGAGAUCAGUU